AUGGCUUCUCCUCCUUUCAUUACCAAGUACAGUCUGCGCAACACAGUAGCGUCUACAGCUUCAAUCGAGAUGUUAUUAUGGAGCGCAGCGGGCCUGCCAAUUACCGAGCACAGCGACAUUCUUGAGCGUUCUAGUUCCAUGUGCCGGAAUCUCUUUGCGCGUUGUCGUUCCGGCAUUAUCGCGCUGCUGUCUUCCUCUUGGGCUAAACGCGAGCAGGUCAUACACAUACACACGCGCAGACGCACGCACACGAGCGCAAUGCUACGUGGAAUGAGCAUCUCGCGGCUUGAGCUAGCCCCACUAAGUCUGGCCCGGUUGCACCGGCGCAUAUCCUUUCUCAGCACCUCCAUGGAAAGGCUGGCAUCUUGUACGAAGUACGAAGUACAUCCAGGUACUGUAGCUCUAGAUUGGUGUACGGGUAGCGUCGUCGUUGCCCUGCAAUUCUUCCGCGUGUCGAUUGAUCCGUGCGCAGAUAUCCUGGCGAUGCUCUUUCGACCUGUGGCAGAUUCGACUAAGAAACUGCGUUCCUCCAAUAUCAGCGCUGCGGCUCAUCUCGUUGCUUCUGUGUACAAGCACAACUCUGCAGUGAGAGGGCCUAGCUCCAUUACGCCACGCUCGGGAGGAGGGGUGGAUACCUUGGAAGGCAUCGUGCUGCAGUUUUCCCAAGCGUCAUCCGCUUCACAUGUUCUUCUAGCCCAAUUGAUCGCACGCGUUAUCUGCAUGAACAAGCGAAUCGAGGCUGGACAUGUUAGUGCUACUCCCACCCUCUUCCAGUUGCAGCAGAAGAACAAUUCAGGUGGCCAGGGACGUGGCUUUCACAUCCACGAUGGCGACGAGUACGAGUAUUCUCUCGAUUCAACACAAAGAGGGCAACCACUCCACCUCUACUCCGUACCUAGUCGUCCUCCUCGGCCGCUGUAA